AUGUUAUUUACGGCCCUAUACUCACGUUUCAUCAAGCCAAACGACACCUGGAUAGCCACACUGACAGCGGGGCUUCUCGGGACUGUGUCGGGUGUCUUUGGUACAGCCGCGGCGGCUAUUCCAGGUCUCGUAAAGAGUGGUGCGAUAGUAGCUGCCAAUGCUGGAGAGAAUGCGGCAGCAAGAUCUGGAGUCACUGCUAAUUUAUUCGGCGCUGGCGCUGGUGCCAGUUCACAAGGAAACGGCAUCGCUAACAGCAUGAUGCAGGAUGCAGCAUCUGUGUACGUAUACAUCAAAGUGCCUACAUUGCCACUAGCUAACAUCAAUAACAGAAUCCAAGGUGAACUCAACAAUCUAAGUAAUCUCGAAGAUUACAUGUGGAAGCUCUUGAAUUUCACCCAAUUCGCAUUUUACAGCUGGGGACAUAAUGCUCUUUUCAAAACCGCAAAGAACACAGGUUAUAACACUGAUGAGCAGUAUAUCAACACGCCUGGAAACCUAGUCGAUAUCCUGCGGGAUGGAGGUUUUGCGAGUAACAUUGAACCCGAGUCUUUGUUAGCUGCGACGAUGUACGAUAACAGUAUGCUCAAGUUUAUGUGGGGCUCAGCCAUCGGGUAUCUCUGGUCCACGAGCAGAGUCGUUAUCUACAGGAUUUCGGAUGUAACAGAGUGGAUAGAGGAUGACGACGACUAUACACCUCCCGAUGGUCCUUGUCCUUUGGAACCGUGGGAAACCGAUUAUCAAGUUGCCGUAUGCGACGAAGACACAGGCUCUAUGUAUAUUCUGCAGGCCUUAGGCAGCAAUCUCAAGGGAACCGACAGGUUGUCACAAUAUGGCUUAUCUGUUCUCGAUAUGGCCAGAUACGCCAACUUGACGCAGUCAACAUACGGAUUCACCAAAUGGCUUACCGAUGCUAGUGCAAAGAAAAUACAGACUAACAUCAUUGAGGCUCCUGUGAAUGCCACUCCACCAUUUGUCGGCAUUCCUGUUUGCGACCUGGAUGCUCUCAAACCUUUAUGGAUGGCUGAACGUGCAAGGGAUCAGUGGUACGAUGACAAUAAAGAUAUGAAGGUAUUUACCUAG